CAGUAGUUCAUACAUAUUAAAUAAUAGCCCGUUACUUUCCUCAAACGAAGUAAAACUUUCCUCCUUAAAUAUUUCCAUAGUCCCUCCUCCUCUUCUCCCAGCACCGUCUCCUCCACAGGGUUUGUGUCUCGGACCAUGGCGCUGCACUCUGGAUAUUUCACUGUAUACGUGGCGUUUCAUUGUGUUAUUGCAGCAUUGAUUAAUUGUACUUUAGCAGCUCCGGGCAGUGGCAGCUCCAAUGUGCUGUCCCUCCUGCAGCCGUAUGAUUUCUUGUAUUACAGCGGAGUACGUGCAUAUUUUGGUGAGGAGUGGGCCAAGGCUGCAGAGCUGCUGGAGAAAUCCGUCCUAACCAAGGAAUCACUGUUUAGAGUCCGCAGGCAGUGUCAUGAUGACUGUGUGGCAGCAGGGAGAGAGGCUUUCAAUAAACUGGACUCUGAACAGGGGAGCAUGUGGGACCUCCGGGCCUUGGAUUGGGUUCAGAAAAAGGCUGAAUGUUUGAGGUUCUGUAUCGGACGCUCUGUCACACCUGCAGGACAGCUCCCCGUCUCCACCGACAUAGAGUAUGAAUUCGGCAGCCGCAACCCGUACAACUUUCUGCAGGUCACGUACUACAAGUUGGAAAAGUUGCAUAAGGCAGCAUCGGCAGCUCAUACCUACUUUGUGGCCAAUCCCAGCCACCUGGAGAUGAGGAACAACAUUGAGAAGUACAGACGCAUGGAAGGAGUGACCGAGGAGGACUUCCAGGACAGAGAGCUUGAGAAUGAGAAACACUGGAUGCUGUAUGAUUCUGCACUUCAGUAUGAAGCCUCCUCGGACUGGGUCCAGGCAGCAGAGAAAUGGAAAGCAUGUGUGAAUGAAACACUGCGGCAGACAGACGAGUGCAGGGUGCAGUGUGAGGUGGCCUCCCAGAGGCUGCCUGAGGACAGGGGAGUGGACAGUGUUGAUGGCGUGUACGAGAAAGCUGCAGCUCUUUCCCUCUCACUGCUCUCGUGCCGACAGUCCUGUGUGACUCAGAUAGCCACAAGACCUGGAAGGAUUUCUGCUCAGGAGGACUUCCUGCCCUCACAGCUGGAACAUCUGCAUAUUGCACAGUUUAAAGCUGGUGAUAUCAGUGGAGCAGUUCAGACUCUUCGCUCUCUUCUCCUGUUUUACCCCUCCGAUAAGGACUCCUUAAACAACCUGCAGCUCUACUAUGAGACACUAGGAGGAGACACAGAGUCACAGGACACACAGCCUGCUCAGGAGGUAGUCACAUACAUCAGUCACUCUUUAGAGGAGAAGAAGCUACUGUAUUUUGGUAUGGAGAACCUUGACUUCAGUUUCAUCGACCCAGAUCUUUGGACUCCAGAAGAUGUCGUACCUGAAUCACUGAGGGAUAUCUGGAGAGCUGAAAAGGAGAAAAUGAAUGAGAAAAUGAAAGCAGGAGAUCAGCUGGAGGACGUGGAUGACAGUGGAUUUUUUGCAGGUGGUUCAGUCCCUCAGGUGGGUGUGACCAUCACCAUGGACGACGAAGUUCUGAACGGGACCAAUCGCGUAGUACUCGACGGCGUUAUGACUGAGAAGGAGUGUGGCAGAAUACUGCAGCUGGCAACAGCUGCAGCAUCUGCCGGAGAUGGUUACCGGGGACGACGGUCUCCGCACACACCUCAUGAGACGUUCGAGGGCCUGACUGUCCUCAGGGCUGUAAAGUUGGCUCAGGAAGGCCUGGUGAACCAAUCAGAUGCCCGGCUGUUACAUGAGCUGGGCGAGAGAGCGAGAGUCCUGCUGCACUCAUACUUCAGGAGCCCCUCGGGACUCUUCAUCUCUUUCACACACCUGGUCUGCCGCAGUGCUAUUGCAGGUGACCAGGAGGGCAGGCUGGACCUGUCUCACCCUGUCCAUGUUGACAACUGUCUCCUUGAGCCGGAGACAAAGCAGUGCUGGAGGGAACCACCAGCAUUUAUACACAGAGACCUCAGUGCCAUUCUCUACCUGAAUGACAACUUUGAUGGUGGGCAGUUGUUCUUCACCAACAGGGAUGCCAAGACAGUAACAGCUCGAGUAAAACCCAGCUGCGGUCGACUGGUGGGUUUCUCCUCAGGUCCAGUAAAUCCACAUGGUGUUACUGCAGUGACCAGUGGCCGGCGGUGUGCCCUGGCUCUCUGGUUCACAAAGGAAAAGCUCUACAGGGACAUGGAGCGAGAGGAGGCAGAGGCCAUGUGGGCUGCAGACGGACAGAGUGUGGUGAAAAAGGACGAGGAGGAGAAAGAGGGCACCGCCGGCCGGAACGCUCGGAGCCAAGCACCGAAGGAGAGGAGCAGAGGGAGAGGCAGAGUGACGGGUGGCAGAGAUGAGCUGUGAGAGCAAGAACAAACCUGACAGACUGAACCACCCAAACUGGAACACUUUGGUGCACCAGUCCAGUAACAGGACCCAUAACAUCCCAUAUCAGGACCAUUACACCAACCAUCUCUUGUUUUCAGUUUUAAACCACACAUUCACUCCUCAUCUGCCUUUUUAUGUAAAGCUGCUUGCAUGUUUGUAUAUACUGUAUUUGUACUGUAUAUGAUGAAGGUAAGUAAGGGAAACACUUCCCUCGUGUCAAUCUGUACUUUUGUUUUAGCAGCUUUACUGACGGAAAUCACUACUUUUAAAAAAAUGAAGAGAUUAAAAGAAUAAAUUCUUUACCAAUGUCA